UUCCGUGGGUGGCGCGGGAGUUUUGAACUGUUGCCGUCUCGUCUGUUAGACUUCGGGGAACUUGAUAGCAGGAGAGACGCGUCCCGAUGGGAGAGAGCGGCAUGGCCUUCCCUUUGGCUGCGGAGCUGGACUCCUUCAAGUACUGCGAGCUGCAGAGCUUGGCCAAGAGCUUUGGCCUCCGGGCCAAUCUCCGGGGGGACAAACUUUUAAAAUCAUUGAAAGAAUACUUUCAACAUGAGUUCAAGAAAGAAAAUGAGAGUCAGGAUGGCAAAAGUAAUAUCUCUGCUUCUUCUCAUGAGGAGAUAGAAAUGCUUAAUGGCAGUGAAGACAAAUCUGACCAGGAAGCUGUGCUUGUCUCUGUGACUUCACCCCUGGGAAAAGGCAAAGCAGCCCCAGGAAACCUCGGCUCCAAGGAUCAUUCAGAGAUGAUAGAAAGUGAUCAUCCUGGGUCUCCCCAACAGAAAAAAUAUCAGAAGGAGAAUGCCUUAGCUGCUGCAGAGGCCACAAAGCCAUCCAAAGAUAAGCAAAAGAACAAGCGGGCACUUUGCUCUGACGAGAAAGAGGUGGAAGGUGAUACUCUUUUAAAUAUCCCUUCAGGAGGAAAGAGCCCUCAUCGUAGAGAUGGUUUGUCCAAAUCUAAGAGAAGGAGAGCAAUAUUUACAACUCCAAAUUUUAAGAAGAUUCAUGAAGCUCAUUUUAAGGAAAUGGAAUCUAUUGACAAAUAUAUUGACCGAAAAAAGAAACGUAUGGAAGUCCUUAGCAACUCAGUGAAGGAAUUAAAGAUAUUAGCUAAAAAAGCUAACCUAACUGGAACUCCCCACAGUAAUUCCAAGAAAAGUUCAUCUGGCAUGAGGGUAGUCAGCCCAGUUCCUCAGAGAGGCAGGCCCUCUUCGACCUGCACUCCUGCCAGUCCACGGCGUUCACUUCGUAUAUCCGUUGGGACGGCGAAUCGAAGUAUCUUGUGUCAGAAACUGUUCAAGCCGUCUACCCUCUCAACUAACAAAAUGAAUGUCAGGUUCUCAGAGGCUACUAAGGAUAACGAGCACAAACGCUCACUGACCAAGACUCCAGCCAGAAAGUCUCCAUAUAUCAGCAUGCUUGACACCCAGCCUAAGUGCCAGGCUGUCCUGGUGAAGAGUAAGGAAAAGGAAGCCAGUCAAGCCAAGGCUGGACACACUGCAGUUGUUACCCCAUUCAAGUUUACAGCUGAGGCAGCACAGACUCCAGUCAGUAAUAAGAAACCAGUAUUUGAUCUCAAAGCAAGUCUUUCCCGUCCACUUCGCUAUGAGCCACACAAAGGGAGGCUAAAACCAUGGGGGGAAUCUAAAGAAAAUAUUGCUCUGAAUGAGACAACAAAUAGAAUUGACUUCCACAAAAAAACUUACAAACAGCCACAUCUCCAGACCAGAAAACAGCAGCGGAGGAAACAUGAGCAGAAAAGGAAAGAGAAGAAAGAUGGUGUCCUUGGAACUCGAAGGGGACUAGUCAUGCUUGGGGACUAACAGGCCGCCAAGCACUCUGUAGCUAUUCUUCAUUAUGAAUCUUUUAUGCUUCUGUAAAUAUUUCUGUAUUUGUUUUGUCAUUGUAAAUUUCAUCCAGCCUGUCCUAACUCUGUUCUUACCCCUGCUUAUCACAUUAACCUGCUACUAACCGCCACCAUUGAAAUAGUGAGCCUAUCAGCUACAAUUGUUUCUUUUAUAAACUCUGGCAAAUUAUCUAAAAUGGUCUUUCCCUAACUCUUUUUUUGUUUAAUAAAGUACAGCCUCUUAAUCCUUGAACUAGA